GUGCACGCUACCUGUCAGUUGGAAGUUUAAACUUGCAUGUAAGUCAUAUUGUAAGACACAUGUUAAUGUUUUGCUCAACCAGCUGCUGUUUUUGGCCACGUCUGAUGUAUUUAUUCACCGAUAUGUUCGGGUUUGGAAAAGAUAGUUAGGAGCUUAUCGUUCCAAGUUACCUAUUUGUCACUUCAACUGUCAGUUGUCAAAGCAGCCAGCUCAGUACGUCGAGUGAGGCCUUGCGGGUGUUUUGACAUGUGUUUCCUCUUUCGGCUCAACCACAUGCUGAUAUUACACCAGCAGGAGUGCAGGCACAGCUACAGAUAAGCCACAGCACAGGCACAUCCCCUCCACAGCCGGGGUGUAACUCACUACAGCUACACAGCAGUGCUCCCUGCCAGCCUGGUGAAAACCUUCACAAGCUAGCGAUACGGCUCUCAUGGUCAGAGGCCCGAAGAUACAGUCUGUGCAUGACAUGGAGUAUAACAGCAUGUGAAGAAGAAAGGAAUCUCCUCAAUUUGAUUUUCCCAGGGUUUAUACAAUAAGUGGCGCCUGUGACUAAUGCGUUCAAUGAGGGAGUCAUAAUCUGAAGUGGACUCCAGUGCUUUCCAGUGGGUGUAUGUUGGUUUCUACUACGGCAUGCGGGAUGGGCCAAACUCGCUCUGGUCUCUCGCACGCCACUGCCACUCCGGGCAAAGCGACCUGGAAACCAGGCGAGACGGCCAAACGACUCCGUAUCCGCACAUUUACAAGAGGCGAGAGGCGACAGGGUGACCGGUUAAACAGGAAUCAGACAAAAAACAAGGAAUUGGCGUGGCUCGAAGGAAAUCAUCGACGCACCAGUCACACACUAGGUAAUGUGAAGGAAUCUACAGAUUCAGAAACGCGCCACGGAGUAGAAAAGUUGCCGGGGCACGACAGCGCGUUGGCGGUCGGAGAGGAGCUAACAGCGACGUGGUUUAAGAACCGAUCUGGCCUAAAGCAUGAUCCCAGAGAGAGCCAUGAUGUGAACGCAAAGGCAGCGACUGGCUCUUCCGAUGCGUCGGAUUUGGAAACAGGGAGCGGUGAAGUCAGCAGAGCGGGCUGCGCGGAGGAGCUGUGUGGCGAGCCAAAAUACAAGGGAGAGGACGAUGCCUCGGAUCCCCCGGCGUGGGCCAUGGAAAAUCAGCCACUGGGAGAAAACAUACAGGCUAGUGUUGUGCCUGAGGUUAGGGAAUUACCAGUGAACAAUCUAAGUUCAACCGCGAAGUGCACAUCUGGCCAAGAGACCGAGCGGACUUUUGCAUCGCUCCGCUUGUGCUCGAAUCAACCUUUGGAUAGUGCACCGCCGAUAGCGGACGACGAUCACACUGAGGGUGAGAUGACGAAAUCGGACUUUAAUACCGUUUCAUGUCAGCCCAGAGCUGCCAGUGACCAAAGCAACUGUUAUCCGGUUGAAUCUGGGAGUCGAAGGGACUCCGAUCUGGCCCAGAGCGCCUCGGCUUGCCAGGGCUUCCAGGGUACCAUCCCUAAGCUUAUCAUAACCAGAGACCCCAGUCCCAGCAGGCCUCAGGAUCCCGCGGCCCCACAGACUGCUGGACCGGGUAUCAGCGGGUCGUGUUUAGACCCUCACGCAGAUGACGAGUCGCCCUGCUCGGACAGCGGCUGUGGAGGGUCCCCAGCGCUGAUCCGCUCACCGAGAAAGCUGUCCAACUCCUCCUCCAUCGGCCUGUCCUCCGCCUCGUCCUUCGAGGAAUCUGAGGACGACUUCACUGGAAGUGACAUCGAGUCCAGUCUGUCUCCAGGCAGGUGCCAGGGUUUGGGCAGCCCAGACGACGGGACAGGGAACAAGCCUUGGCACAAGUUGAAGACCAUGGUUCACUGGUCCCCCUUCGUUGUUUCUUUCAAGAAGCGAUAUCCCUGGGUGCAGCUAGCUGGCCAUGCAGGUAACUUCCGGGCCGGGGAAUUUGGGCGCUUGUUAAAGCGCUUCUGUGAGUGUGAGCAGCAGUGCCUACAGAAGCUGAUGGGGGACAUCCUGUGCCCCUUUGUGCCUGGGUAUUACGGUGUCGUACAAAGAGAUGAGCAAGACUACAACCUGAUGGACGACCUGCUGGCUGACUUUGACUCUCCCUCUAUCAUGGACUGUAAGAUGGGCAGCAGGACAUACUUAGAAGAGGAGCUCAUUAAAGCCAGAGAGCAUCCACGCCUGCGGAAGGAUAUGUAUGAUAAGAUGGUGGCAGUGGACCCUGGGGCCCCUACAGAGCAGGAGCGGGCCCAGCAGGGGGUCCUCAAACCCAGAUACAUGCAGUGGAGAGAGACGCUCAGCUCUACAGCCACGCUGGGCUUCCGCAUCGAAGGCAUUAAGAAAGCAGAUGGAACAUUCAACACCAACUUCAAGAAGACCAAGCACAGAGAGCAAGUGAUGCAGGCCUUGGAGGACUUUGUUAACGGAAACAUUCAGAUCCUGAAACUGUACUUGCAGAGACUGGAGGAACUGCGCUCUGUGCUUGAGAAAUCGGACUUCUUCAGGACACAUGAGGUAGUGGGCAGCUCUCUGCUUUUCGUACACGACGCAUCGGGACAGGCCCGUGUGUGGAUGAUUGACUUUGGGAAGACCGUUCCCCUGCCUGCUCCUCUCACCCUGGACCACAGGACUCCCUGGGUGGAGGGGAACAGGGAGGACGGCUACCUCUGGGGACUGGACAACCUUAUAGACAUCUUCAGUAGUAUGCUGCCCCAAACACCCUGAGAUGAGGGGGCGCAGUCCAAAGAGAUGACAGGGUGAACAGAUGGAGCACCAUUCCCCAUCAGGACAGAACAAUAAGAAUUUGUGGAAGGGGAGAUGACACAAGUUGAGGUUGGCCGCUGAAUACAUGAAUGAAUACACAAGAUCCAUCAAUAUGAUCGGAUAUCACUUUUGAUACCAUUUGUUUUUUCAGUCAUGAUACAAAAUAUCCAAAUGCCAGUAUCCACCUGUACCUAAGCAGGAGGAGGCGGCAUCAAGACAAACGCAGGAGUUGCACUGCGGGAUAUGCCAAAGGCUGCCGUCUUGCACAUCUUCCAACAGUGGAACUGGAUACACGAGGGAGAGGGGAGAGAGGAGUGAGAGCAUUGCGUACAGGACUUUUAAUGUUUUCAUCCAGAAACUUAAGGAUGUUGACCUGACUGUCAGAAGAAAAAGAUGCAGAGCUGCACCUUUUGUCACUAGAGCUGUAUCUUUUCUUCUUAGUGCAGUCUCUGAUCUUAUGGACCUCUGAUCAAGAUACAACAUGGACAGUCAUUUUGACACGUAACAUUACUACUCCUCCCCCUCAUCUUCAUCUCCCUCUGUUGGUGAGAGAUGCACAUAGCACUCCUACAACAAUGAACUAGAUCCAAGCCUUUUCAAGUGGCCUUUGAUUGGACAAUGGAGAUUUAUUUUUUAUCAUGGACCAUGUUUGAGUUUUAAGUACAAACAUACUGCAACACUAAAACUGACAAAACUGUGUGUAAACUAACCCAGUGUUUAGGGUCUUGUAAAAAGGUUAUUUAAGUUUUUUGCCUUCUUAUAGCCUCCAUACUCUGUUUGUAAUGUUUCUGGUGCCUAGCAUUUUUAACGCAAAAGCUGAUUGACCAUUCCAAUGCAGUGAGCUCAUUUUAUUUUUCUUCCAAAGAGUUCACCCAAUUAUAAACCGAUAAACAUUUAAUCCCAAAGUUGAAUUUACUUUGGAAAUUGAAAGUGUUUCUUGAUUGGCUUUUUGUACAGUAAUGCAGUGAAGUAUAGGAUUUUCCCCCCUAGUGUUCAUUUUACUGUGUACAGUGUGUGGCUUGACAGCUGUGCCUGUCUGAAAUUCAUUGCACUAUAGAUCCUCACAAAGCCAUUGAACAAAAGGAGCUGUGCCUCAUCGUGUCUUAAGAUGGGUAGCAGCACUCAAGUCUCGGGUUCUCAGAUACCGACAUUUAUCAGUUUAACAUGUUGAAUUUGGUAUGAUUACUCUGUUCUGCUUAAUCAAUAUUGUUUUAGAUUUCCAGAAACUAGUAAGUGGGAGAGUGAAUCAUUGGCAAAAUGAAACUGGAAGUACCUGAUUAAACUGUUAGCUGGUAAUUGUGUGCUGUUACUCCCGUAUCUCCCUUAUAGCUCACAUACAAACUGGAAAAUUUCGACAUUUAUUUUUUUAAUUGAUGAUGCAUCAUCAGAGGGAGGAAUAAUAUAGUGUCAAAUAUGAGGACAAUGCUAUACCUUCCUUUAGCCACACUAAAUGGGAGGUUUUGUGGUCUUAACUUUGAUUAUAUGAAAGAUUUGACAGUUUACAAAGAAAAUGGCAAUAUGAGGUUAAUAUAAGCAUAUACCUUAAGUCAUUUAUAACCAGUCCUAUUUAGUCAGCUUGUGCUUAUGACUGUAUUUGGCAUUCCUUGAUUGGAAUGUGGCAGGUCGGUGAACAUUCCAGUGUCGAGUCUUCCAGAAAGAGCAGUGUCAGGCAGCGGUGCUUGGGCAUGAGCGUGCCAGCACUACACUCAGCAUGUAGUGUAAGGGCUCUACAUGAGUGCUGCAAAUGUCUGACAUCAUGAAAUUGGAAUUCUACUUCAGGAACUGCUUUUCUAUUUGAAAAUUCCCCAACAAGCACAAGUACUGGAAGAAAGGAACAAUGUAGUGUUUACAAAGUAUUAUGUCUUUGCCCACAUACUCUUUAUAUUUGUAAUAUGGCAAAUUAUCAGGUUUUUUUCCAAACUGGGUGCUUUGUGUCUAAGAACUGGAUUGCGAUAUGGGUUGGUAAUUUGUAACUUUGUAACCACAUGUGCUGUAUUUUUCAAGGCAGUGCAUUUUAAAAGGUGCAAAACAUACAGACUGGUGAAGACAGGUAUUAGGUCCCUGCUUUGUCUACAAUGUCAUUGAUUGCAAUAAACUGGAAAUAAGAA